AGAGAGAGAGAGAGAGAGAGAGAGAGAGAGAGAGAGAGAGAGAGAGAGAGAUAUGAGCACUGCACCAGAGACGCGCGUCCUUAGAGAGACGGAGAAACUUUGGUCUUUGCAGUGUGUGUGUGUGUGUGUGUGUGUGUGUGUGUGUGUGUGUGUGUGUGUGUGUCCUUCCUUCACCCAUCACCUUCCUCCUAUGUGCGUGACUUAACACUGCAGCGUUCACCUCUUCCCUUCCUCACCACCUCAAACUCCAGACUCUUGUUAAAUUGUCGGCAGGAGAAGCAGCGUUUGUGUGUGUGUUAUGGGGGUUGAGGUGAGCUAGACAUGAUUUUCUAAGUGGGUUUUGAGGUGAAUUAGACAUGUUUUUCUGAGUUUUGUUGGGGUUUGAGGUGAGUUAGACAUGUUUUGCAUUUAAAGAUAUGAUUUAUUUUAUAUUAAGUAACACAGACUGGCUUCUGUGUGUGUGUGUGUGUGUGUGUGUUAACAGUUGACGAUGUUGGUGGCUAGUCUCAUCACCACAGCCACUCUACUCCCGUCCUCCCCUGCAAAUGUAGGCAAAGGGGCCCCAUGCCUACCUUUGCCUAGGACUCCCCCUAGGGGUAAAUCCGCCCCUGGGAGUGACAAGCGCCAGUCAAGAGGAAGAGGUGAACAUGAAGGGAUUAACAGGGGCGGCAUGAGGUGGGCAGACAGGCCGAUCCUCUUCAUCGCAGACCACUUUCACGUCCUCUCCAGCGGUGGCGAGGCGAGGCAGGGUAGUGGUGUUACCGGUGCAGGGAGACAACAGGUAACGCCACCACAUCUUCACACCUGUCCCGUGACGCACCUGUGGAGGCAAAUUAGUUUAAAUAAAGCCCGUAUUUUCAAACUUCCGCGCCGCACCUUCGCUAUUUUGAAAGGGCUCUAGUUGAAGUGACACGGAUUUUUAAAGGCUCUAGUUGAAGUGACACGGGUUUUUAAGGUUUGUUUCUGUGAUUCUAAUGACAUGUUAACAAGUUCUCUGUAUCAUCAACAGGACAA